GAGGCGUCGAGGCUCCAUUUCCUUCUCAAGCCCUCGUCAACAAGUUCCGGCUCUUUCCAAGUUGUGCGCGACGCUCAUCGAGAACGGUACUCAGGGUCGACUACAUCCCCGCGGCCGGGACCUCUGUUCCCAUUCCCCUAAUCACCUUCUAGUCCGGACGAGGGUCACAUUGGAUUUAUUCCAUGGCAUUCUCAAUCGGCAUACGUUGUUGGCGCGCAUCUGCACUCCUCCUUGGGCUGGUGAGUGUUGCCGCCGGACAGAUCAAGAGCGACAUACCCUCGGGUGAGAAUUUCUUCCGAAGAACUGGCCUUACAGCGACUGUCCUUGGCAACUACGUCUACAUCGACGGAGGAGAGCUUUCUCAGAAGAUAGAUGGGCUGGACCCGAGCGCCCAGAGCCCUAUCAGCCAUCCAGUAAAUAACACACUCUGCAUCGACCUCACCGAGUCAUGGAGCACCUUCAAUGUGCUCUUGCGACAGAUCGCCAAGCCAUGGAAGGCAAAGCGCGACCAGGCCGUCUGGACAGACCCCGAAGCGAGCCACUACUAUCUCUGGGGCGGUAACUGGGGGGCUUUUGGCGACAACGUGGAGGCGGGGAACACACUCUGGAAAUUCACACCCGAUGCCGGCGAUGGCGGGGUUUGGACUAAGGAGCAUUCAAUAAACCCAAACUUGUUCGAUCAACUCGACAUGACCCGGCUGAGCGCCUAUGCAAGCACCAACACAACGGCUUUCGUAAUAGGGGGCUUGGCCUCCGGGGCGACAGAUCCUGGCAGGCAGCCGUACCACAACCAGGCGGUAACGGGGAUGCUGACUUUCAACAUGAGGACAAGGGAAUGGGGGGACGGGGCCACGGAGUUCGGGUUCAGCCCCGAUGACACUCUGGUCGGCGCUUCGGCCCAUUGGGUCCCAAACUUUGGGCCUAAUGGGUUGAUCAUGCUACUGGGCGGAGUUGCUCCGGUGCCCAUACAGGACACGACCUUCCCGGACGCGCCGGCAUUUGACUUUCGCAACUUGACCUUCUUCGAUCCGGAGACGAAACAGGCGUACUGGCAGACCGCGACGGGUAGCAUCCCUCGCCCCCGGUCUAAAUUUUGUGCUACCGGCUUCGCAAACGUCGAUGGAGGCUACGAGAUUUUUAUAAGCGGAGGGACUGAUUACAGGAACAACUUCAUAUAUAAUGAUGCUUAUAUCCUCAGCCUGCCAGGUUUUGUAUGGACUAAAGCCCCAGACUCGCCGGCGGGCAAGCGCAGAAUGUUUAGCUGUGUGUCCAUCGGUGACAGCCAAAUGCUCAGCAUAGGCGGCGCGGCCGGCGAUCUAACCGCGAAGGACCCGGCUGAGCGUGGGUUACAGCUGUUUGACAUGACUGAGAUGAAAUGGAAGGACUAUUACGACGCCCAUGCCCCGGCCUAUGAACGGGCUCCGGAGAUCAAGGCAUGGUACACUAACGGCUCCCUUGACAACGUCGAGUGGUCGUCGGACAGAGUGCGCGGGCUGUUCUUGGCCGCCCAGUCAACAGACCCGUCAUCAUCGUCAUCAUCACCAUCACCAUCUGCUUCGCAGAACGGUGACCCUGCCGCCCCUAACAACUCCCAGGACUCCAACUCCACUCCAGUCGGUGCAAUCGUCGGAGGAGUUGUUGGAGGCGUUGCCGGGCUCGCUAUUCUUGCCGCUGCCGCCUGGCUGCUCAUCCGUCGGCGGAAAAACAAGGCCUCUGAGCUAGCAGCCACCAACGGCUAUCCCUAUGGAGACUCUGGGCCAGAGGUUACAAACGCGAAUAUGGGGACAUCAAAAUGGCACACUGGGGCGGAGCUUCAAGGGAGUAAGGUGGAAAGACCGGAGCUUGCAGCCGAGCGCGAAGUUGCCGAGAUGGAUGGAACACGGCAUUAAUGGUCCUUUUUAUCAUCAUCAGCGCACCUGUCGCGCGGGAUUCAGCAUGUAUAUAUUUAGCUCGUGGAGGCUUGAACCUUCUUGUAC